AUGGCGGAGCACCUGAAAGAUAAAUUGGAAGAAUACAUGGCCCGGUUUUCCAAAGUGAGAAUUGUUCGAACCAAAAAACGGGAAGGACUCAUCCGAACUCGACUCUUAGGUGCAUCUAUGGCAAAAGGAGAAGUCUUAACUUUCCUGGAUUCUCACUGUGAGGUCAAUGUGAAUUGGCUGCCUCCUUUGCUUAACCAAAUUGCUCUAAAUCGUAAAACCAUUGUGUGUCCUAUGAUCGAUGUCAUUGACCACAAUCACUUUGGGUAUGAAGCCCAGGCGGGGGAUGCCAUGAGAGGAGCCUUCGACUGGGAAAUGUACUACAAAAGAAUCCCCAUUCCUCCAGAACUUCAGAGGGCAGAUCCCAGUGACCCUUUUGAAUCUGAGAGGAAAACCUACCAAGAAUUUGUAGUACACCCUGCAGACAUCUGUGCUACCCAAGAGGGAUGCUUAUCUUGGAAAAACAGUCAAGCUUAUCAGGAGCCCAAGAUAGGGAUUCGGGAUCCAGGAGAUACCACUCUGAGGCACAUCAAGUGUAACUGUGUAGUGGAUGAGUAA